AUGAGUUUAGCUCUGAGAAGUGAUCUUGUAGUAGACAAAACAAAGAGGAAAAAGUGAAGAGAGCUCUCUGAAGAACAGAAGCAAGAAAUUAAUGAUGCCUUUGAGCUCUUUGAUACCGACAAAGACCACGUGAUAGAUUAUCACGAAUUAAAGGUGGCAAUAAGAGCCUUGGGGUUUGAUGUGAAAAAAGCUGAUGUGCUGAAGAUUCUUAAAGAUUAUGACAGAGAAGCCACAGGCAAAAUCACCUUCCAAGAUUUUAAUGAAGCUGUGACAGACUGGAUAUUGGAAAGAGAUCCACAUGAAGAGAUACUGAAAGCAUUUAAACUAUUUGAUGACGAUGAUACAGGUAAAAUAAGCCUGAGGAAUUUGCAACGUGUUGCCAGAGAACUGGGCGAAAAUAUGAGUGAUGAAGAACUCCGGGCUGUGAUGGAAGAAUUUGAUAAAGACGGUGAUGGGGAAAUAAACCAAGAGGAAUUCAUUGCUAUUAUGACCGGUGACAUAUAA